AUGUCUAAGCGAGGGCAAAAGUCUCGUUACAUCCGGGUGGUACUGAAGGCGGGAUUGUGGAAGCGUGUGCCCAUGAAAUUGUUUAAGUGGAGUAGAAAGAUGUCUUUGACAAGACAAUAUGACCUCGUCGACAAUGACGAGUACGACACCAAGAUGUCUCUGCACCCAGAAGAGGCGUUCGAGUAUGGCAUCGCGUUUCAUGCUAAGAGCCCCGGCCUUGUCGUUGGUGGAUCAACUGGUAUUUACCGCGCGGUAUCUGAAUGUCUACUAGAUCCUUUAGAAUAUGGAGUUUUAAGUUUUGUUAAGGUGACUAAAACGAUCUCCUUAAUUGUAAGGCUAUUACUUUUAGUUUAA